AUGAAUGUUUCAGACAUAUGGCAGCUUGAAGAUGAUGAUCCAAGACUUGUUUCUGAAGCCGACGCGUUGAAUUCUCCCAUCUGUUCUUCUGUUGCUAAUGGAACGCUCUGCUGUGACAGAAGUAGCAUUCGUUCUGAUGUGUGUAAAUUAAAAGGCGAUAUUCGAACUGAUUCGGGUUCAUCAUCAAUCUUUCUGUACACAAAUACUGAAUUCAGUGAUUAUGUUCCUUCUAUAUCUGACGAUGGCCAUGGAAAUGAGAUAUUGCACCAUGAAAAGAUCAGACCAUACACUAGAAAAUGGGAGACCAACAUGAUGAUGGAAAAGGUUUCCGAAUUGGACCUCAUUGUGAAGAAGGGAAAUUCAACUAGUAAUACUAAAAAUCAACACCACAAAUGUGAUGUGAAUCAUGAAGUUCCUGCUGUUUUCUUCUCAACUGGAGGAUACACGGGCAAUGUUUAUCAUGAUAUAAAUGAUGGGAUUUUGCCAUUGUACAUCACUUCUCAGCAUUUCAACAGGAAAGUUGUGUUUGUGAUUCUUGAUUAUCAUGAAUGGUGGUUGACAGAAUAUGGUGAUGUCCUAGGCCUAAUGCGGGCUGAAGAGAAAGAAGGGAAAUUGAUGUUGAAGAAAUCAAAGCCAAGUCUGGCUAUAAUCUCAAGGAAAGGGUCAAGGGAAAUAACAAAUGAGAAUGCAUUGGUGAAAAUGGCAGAGGAAAUCGGAUUCUCUGUGACAGUUCUGAGGCCUGAGAAGACAACAGAACUGGCAAAAAUGUACAGAGUUCUGAACUCAAGUGAUGUUAUGAUCGGAGUUCAUGGUGCUGCAAUGACGAAUUUCCUGUUCAUGAAACCCGAUUCGAUCUUCGUUCAGAUCAUCCCUCUUGGGUUAGAUUGGCCAUCAGAGAAUUACUAUGGAGAACCAUCAAGAAGACUUGGAUUGAAGUACAUUAGAUACAAAAUCUUGCGAAUAUCCAUUACGAAUAUCCAUAAGCUUGUGAAGCAUGAAUUAUUGACAUAUCCACAUUGA